AUGUUCUUUUUACUAUUAUCAGUGCGGGCCAUAGACAGUUUUGUCUAUAUGGUUUCUUGCAAUAUGAUUGGUCAAGGCAAAACCAAAACAAAGAAAUUUGGCCGAGAGGAACUGGGGCAACCUAAACCUUGUGCACGGCGGCCAUAUUGCAACGCGACAACAUCACCGUAAAAAAUACACACAAAAUUGACAAUAAUUUAACGAGAAACAACAUUUAAUUCUGGAUUUGUACGUCAUGAAUCAUUGUGUGUUCUAAUUUUCGAUAUCAAUUGUCAUCAGCUCUCCAUUCUCGCACUCCGCUAAGGACGUGCGGACUCUGUUGAGCACAGCCUUUUUGUGCUCGCGUGGACCUUUAACGUGAGUAGUAGCCGGGAUGUAAGCCCCUCCACCAGCCUGUUUAUUUCUUUGGAACUUUUGGGCUGUGUUGGGACGAACAGAAACUGUUGGUUCUCCGUUGACAAUCCUUAGAAAGAAGAGACAAACGCAGAUUAAAAAAUUCAGGCCGACGAAUUCCAAAACUGUUCACCGGUACAAGUAAACUGAAUAGCUUCGUUUCAAUUUAUUACACAGAAAAAUAUUCAGACAAAGGAGAUAACCGAUAAUUCACUUACCCUUCAAAGCGCAAUAUCUUGCCACACUCCAGAAGGUAGGAUAGCUUCCUGUUUAAAAAAUAUUGAAUUCUGCCGAUCUGAGACCCUCGCACAUCUUCCAAAGUGUAACUUUUUCGCUUUGAUUUGUUGUAAAUGGCCAUUUUCCGCAAAGGCUUCGGAAUUAGUUCCAAUUCGGCAGGGAUAAGACAUGCCAGUGCGAAGGGAUCAUACUCGUUGUAAGCUUCCUUUCUAACGAUAAAUGGUGUCCCAGAUGGUGCUUUAACCUUGAAAUGGUGGUAUCUGAAAAUUAUCCAAAUUAAACAGUGUAAGCCAUGGAGAUAAGCGCCAAGUAAGGGUUUGUUUUCUGAAGGAAUUUCACGUGAAGUGCGGUAAGGCAAUUAGUUUAUGCAGAAAAUACCACUGCUGCAAAACUUACCCUUUGAUUUGAACGCCUUUGAUGCAAAUUCUGAAAAAGUCCAUUGUCGCGGCCAUGCUGAAGGAUUGCGCUCACUUUGUUCCGAGGAUUUGAGACCUUUGACCAGCUCGGCACCCAACUCUGCCGUUUCCGGUGAGAUGUCCAGAUGACACUUCUAGAAUGCUAGUUACCAAUGAAAUAACUGCUUGUUUCAAUGUUGGUUUAUUUGUGGUGCUGUGAAGAACUCCUAUUACACUGCUCUUACGCAAGUGUUUCGCGUGGACAUUUUUGUCAGUCUUAUAUUUAAAAAUUGAAGUGAUCUCAAAAACUGUUUUGGAACCAUGAAUUCGAUAAGCCCUGAUGUAAACGGUACUGAAGGCAAAGCUUGGUAAGUAAUUUUUUUCAUCAUGCUCAUGUUGUUGCCCAGUUGAAACCUUUUCCGGUUCACGCACGUGUGCAUGUAGAUGCUUAUUGAAUGUUUUGAAACAAACCGCUGAAAAUUAAAAGAAUAUCUUUUCAGCGGGUAGCUAGGUACCUAUUUGGACAAGCAGGAACAUUCCUAUCAUAACUGCUCUGGUCUCUUUCGUGAAAAGUUGUAAAUAAGUCUCGUGGUUUUCGAUUUGACAAGCACCCCCAGUUAUACCCUCACCCCUCCUUCGUGCAUUCCUAUAAAUUUUUGUACUUGUAAUCAGGAGAACCUUACACUGAACUCGCAGUGGGACUUCGCAAAAGGCCGAAUUGAAAAGAAAUACACCGCGAAGGGGGAAAGAGAAAAUGGCCUACAUAAGCAAUUCCCAGGCGAGGUCUUCCGCGCUAUACCGACGCAAGGGGACUUUAUUUCAGAAGGGUCACGCUCUUCACACCAUGACAAAGGCUGAAGUAAUUAUUGUAAUCGAUCACAAGGGACAGCGUUUUGUCGGUGGUUCUCUGGGCCUUUUGGAAACAUAUAAUAAAGGAAUACUUAAGCCCACCCGAGCCGAGCACAGAUACGAUGCCCCGGAGACUGCAACAGACCCUGAUCGCCCUGAAAUCGAACCGCUCGAAGACACUCCUGAACAUAUCAAUAUUGAUCAUCGUUUGGCUGGCGUUCUAGGGCAUUCAUCAACGAGAGGUGAGACUCGCGUCCCUCCUUCUAGAAAGAGGUUGCACCAUGGUGGUAGUCCUUGACGCUGUGAUACCAACUCCUGUUAAGGAAUUAUUGUUGAACAAACCGAUGCCGCAACUCACCGACAAAGAGAAAAAUGACGUACCCACCGUCCAGAAACAGAGUAAAAUAUCAUUUAUUUCUGACAAGAGCGUAGAGAUCUUUGUUGCUGGAAAGGAAGAGUGA